AUGCCUAACACACCUGUUGCAAGCACAUCCCAACAAACAAAGCGUAAGAUAGGCGAAACAUCACCAGAAAAUAAUAACAUGGCAAAGAAACCUGUUGGUAGUAUGGAGGUCAGUGAACUUAUGGAAAUUAUGAAAUUCACUAUGAAUAAUAUACUUGAAGAGAAAAUUAAGAAUCUGCCCACCAAACAAGAUAUGGAAGAUGUUAAAGCCGGUAUAUCAUUUGCAACUUCUGAAAUUGCCAAUCUGAAGACUGAAAAUAUUCAGUUAAAACAGGAAGUGGAAUUGCUCAAGAACAAACUGGAAGAAAGCGACAGGAAUGUGGCAUGGUUGGAGCAUCAAAUACAAAACACAAAGCUUGUCUUUAAAAAUAUUUCAAAAGAUAAGCCUGCUCUGAAUAUAGUCAAACAGAUAUGUAAUGACAUGCUAAACAUCAACCCCCCUAUAGCUUCGGCAAGAACCCUUUAUGAACGAAACGGAUUGCAAACUGUAAUAGCCGAGUUCCCAAAUGAAAAUGCAGUAGUUGAGGUUCUGAAAAAUACUAAAGCUUUAGCAGGGUCUGCAAUCUCAAUUGAAAGAGAUCUGAACCCUAGAAGGCAGAGAAACAAGAUAGCUAUGCUGCUCAUAAGAAAGUCAAUUCUCGAAGAAUCAAGAAAACAUAAAAUCGUAGUUAGAGAUGAUAAAUUAAACAUCAAUAACAAGUGGUUCUAUUGGAACAGCGAAAGAAAAUUAAUGUGUGGGCGAGAAGAGGGGGAGUCCGAGUUUGAAAUCAUUAUCCUCAUAGAAACACAUAUCACAGCACAAAAAAGAUCUCAAACCGAAAAAUACUUCCCCGAGUAUGAAAUAUAUUGGGUAGAUGCCAUAAAAAUAAAUAGAUUUGGUCGUGCUAUCGGCGGAGUAUUCGUAGGAGUGAAAAAAUCUUUAAAUAAAGCAGGCAUAAAGCAUACAUUUAUUCUUAAUCAGACACUCUGUGGAUUACAGAUUAUAACAGAAAAUUUUCAACUGUUGAUAGUUCCACUCUAUAUAAGGGGCUCACACUGGAUACGAGAGUUUGCCCUAGCAAAAUUGUUCAUGGAAGAAAUGAAAUGCGAAAACCUUAUAGUGCUAGGUGAUAUAAACGUUAGAAUAGGCGAAUCACAACAAGGCAUUGUUGAUCUAUAUAGAGAUUCGUUCCACGCAUGUACUGGGCCGAGAAAGUCUAAAGAUAAAGAAUUAAAUACGAAUGGACGAAGGUAUAUCGACUACUGCAAUGAACAUAACCUGGUAAUUCUAAAUGGCCAAACAUUAGGAGAUGAGGACGGUAAUUUUACAUAUUUGAGCAACACCGGAACCUCAGUAAAUGAUAUAUGCUCAGUAUCCAUAAACAUGCUUCAAUAUGUGGAAAGCUUCAAGGUGGUAGACAAAAUCUGGUCAGAUCAUUUGCCAAUAACUCUUAACCUAAAGCUAAACAACACAGUAGUCCCACAAAAUAGGCUCAAUUUACUACCGAAGCUGCAUUGGAAAGAUAGUCAUAAAUUGCAAUACCAGGAAAACCUCACCGCUAAUCUGAGCUUACAAUUAAUGUCCAACAAUAUAACAUGUCUCAAGCACAUGACAAAUACAAUUGUUGCAUCGGCAGUUCAGCAAAACAAAGCGCAGCAGUACGUACCACAGAAAAAGUGGUUUAAUGAUAGAUGCUACUGGGCAAGAAGGAAAACAUUUGAAAUCUUAUCGAAAUUUCGGAAAUCAUCGUCGGAAACAGAUAGACAGGCAUAUUUGAGCGCAAAAAAAAGAUAUAAGGACAUUUGCGAAGUAUCUAAAAGAAUGUACUACGCCAAUAUCUCUGAGAAACUAAAUAAUACAUCGAAUGCAAAAGAAUGGUGGAGUUUAGUAAGAGAGUUAAAUGGCCAGGACUUUCGUAUCAGUCAUACUUUAUCCGCAGAGAUACUUAGAACCCAUUUUAUGGAACUGCUCAGGCAGGAACAAUCGUCUUUGAGAGUUCAUUACGCACCUGCACUGAUCGUAAACGACAUUCUAGAUAAAGACAUAACAUUAGAGGAAAUUAAGUAUACCCUUGCCAAAACAAAACCGAACAAGGCGCCAGGUGAAGACCGAAUUCCCUAUGAAUUCUAUUCAAAUGCUACUGAUGAAUUCCUGACCCAGCUUGCAGCAAUUUUCAACAAGAUCUACACCGAGGGCAAAAUUGAGGAAGAAUUUCAGAAAACAGUUAUAUUCCCUAUUCAUAAAAAAGGCAGACUCGAUGAUGCAUCGAAUUAUAGAGGUAUAUCCUUUAUGAAUUCCGUGGCUAAAAUAUUCAUGGGUGUACUAAAUGAUAGACUGGGACAAUGGGUUGAAGAAAACAAUAUAUUGGUUGAAUUCCAGGCAGGUUUUCGAAAAAACUAUUCUACGGUGGACAAUAUAUAUAAUUUAGCUUCGAUGGUCAAUAUCAAGCUGGCGGAAAAGAAGAAGGUUUACGCGUUUUUUGUAGAUUUUCGAGCGGCAUUUGACAAAAUUUCACGAAACUUACUUUUCUACAAAUUAAAUCAGAUUGGCAUCUCUUUCAAAUUUAUAAAGAUGAUAGAAGCUGUCUAUCAAAACACUCAGUCAGCAGUGUGGACUGGAGAAGAGCUGUCUGGUUAUUUUGAUACAGAAUCUGGUGUAAAACAAGGGUGCUUACUAUCGCCAUUAUUAUUUUCUCUUUAUAUAAACGACUUAAGCGAUGCACUGGAAGGAGGUGUAGAUAUAGAAGGCAUAAACAUAAAAACCCUGCUGUAUGCUGACGACAUAGUAAUUUUAGCGGAGGAUUCAACUACCCUGCAACAAAUGAUAGCAAACUUGGAAGAAUUUUGUAAAAAAUGGAGCUUAAUAGUCAACACUGAGAAGUCUAAAAUCAUGGUAUUCCGAAACGGGGGAAGACUAUCACAGCAGGAUAAAUGGUUCUUCCAUGCAGAACCAUUAGAAGUGGUAUCAGAAUAUAAGUACUUAGGGGUGGUACUAACGCCCAAAAUGAAGUUCUUGAAGCAUAUUCAGUCCCGGACAACACAAGCUAAAAGUGCUAUAAAAGCAACAUGGAAAAACUUCUUAAAGAAAGACGAAAUAUCCCUGCAAGAUAAAUGGAACUUGUACAUGGCGGUUUGCAGAUCGGUACAGUCGUAUGCAGCGCAGGUCUGGGGCUAUGAAUAUUUUGAAGAAGUUGACCAAUUGCAGCGUUUUUUCUUAAAAACUGUUCUUAAUUUGCCAGACUCUACACCAAAUUAUGCUCUCUAUAUGGAAACAGACUUACAAGAAAGUCAUUUAUACACACUGGGACUGCAUUUGAAGUAUAUAUCUAGUACGUUGUACAGAUAUAAAAGGGAUAGACUGCCGCAUAAACUUACACUUAUAAUGGUCCAGAAACAAAUAUUUUGGGUGAAAGCUUUAAACGACAUUCUAAAUGAGCUGGAUAUGCAACCAUUGGUUGGAAAUAUAACGCAAGGUGAAUGGAACAGUAUGACUAAUUCCAUCAUAGAUUCACUAUCGCAAGCUAACAAGCAAAGAUUGCUGCAGAAAGCUUUACAAAGCAGGUCACGGUUUUAUAAAAACCUGGAUUUCACAAGAGGGUGUUUGUACCUAAAUGGCGAAUAUAAAGUUAAGGACAUUACGUGGAUAUUUAAAGCACGGGCCGAUUUGAUAUACCUCAAUGCUAAUCAAAGAGGCUUAAAUUUGGUUGACAACGAUUUGUGCACGCUAUGCAAUUUGAGGGAGAGAGAGACAAUAUACCAUUUUCUUGCCGUAUGUCCCAUACUAAGAAGCCAACGCAUGCUUUUCUUUCACAGGCCGACGCUGACAGAACCUGAAUUAAUUAGCAUCUUAGAUGGAAGAGAGGUAGCAGACUGGGAUAAUCUUAUAAAAUAUACCAAAAAUGCCUUACAAUACCGAAAGCUAAUAUUAACCGAGUACGCCUAA